GCGCGGCCUGCAGGGGGCAGGCGAUCGCCCGGGGAAGCGGGGGCAGGACGAGGGCCCGAGCCCCAGCAGCUCCCGCUCGCUCCGCAGCUGCAGGGACCGCUCUGCGCCCGCCCGGUGCGCUCUCCUUGGCCGGUGGACUAGCGCUGCCCCGCCGCUGCCAUGUGUGCGGCUCGGACGCCGCCGCUGGCGCACAUCUUCAGAGGGACUUUCGUCCACUCCACCUGGACCUGCCCCAUGGAGGUGCUUCGCGAUCACCUCCUCGGCGUGAGCGACAGCGGCAAAAUAGUGUUUUUAGAAGAAUCAUCUCAGCAAGAAAAACUGGCCAAAGAAUGGUGCUUCAAACCAUGUGAGAUCAGAGAGCUGAGCCACCAUGAGUUCUUCAUGCCAGGCCUUGUUGAUGCACACAUCCAUGCUCCUCAGUACGCCUUUUCUGGAAGCAACGUCGACCUGCCGCUUUUGGAGUGGUUGACCAAGUACACAUUCCCUACAGAACUAAAGUUCCAGAGCACUGAGCUUGCUGAAGAAGUCUACACCAGAGUUGUCAGGAGAACACUAAAGAAUGGUACAACCACGGCUUGCUACUUUGGAACAAUUCACACUGACUCAUCCCUGCUUCUUGCGGAAAUUACAGAUAAAUUUGGACAGCGAGCAUUUGUGGGCAAAGUAUGCAUGGACAUGAAUGACACUGUUCCAGAAUACAAGGAGACCACUGAGGAAUCAGUCAAGGAGACAGAGAGAUUUGUGUCAGAGAUGCUUCAGAGGAACUACUCAAGAGUGAAACCCAUAGUGACCCCACGCUUUUCCCUUUCUUGCACGGAGACCCUGAUGAGUAAACUUGGCAACAUUGCCCAGACCCAUGAUCUGCACAUCCAGAGCCAUAUAAGUGAAAAUCGUGAAGAAGUUGAAGUUGUGAAAAACUUGUACCCUGGUUACAAAAACUAUACAGAUGUCUAUGAUAAAAACAAUCUUCUCACAAGCAAGACAGUCAUGGCACAUGGCUGCUACCUUUCUGAAGAAGAGCUUAACAUCUUCAGUGAAAGAGGAGCAUCCAUUGCACAUUGUCCCAACUCUAAUUUAUCGCUGAGCAGCGGCUUACUGAAUGUGCUUGACGUCCUGAAGUACAAAGUGAAGAUAGGGCUGGGGACAGAUGUGGCUGGUGGUUACUCCUAUUCCAUGCUUGAUGCUAUCAGAAGGGCAGUGAUGGUUUCCAACAUCCUCCUAAUUAAUAAGGUGAAUGAGAAAAGCCUCACCCUCAAAGAAGUCUUCAGACUAGCCACUCUUGGAGGAAGCCAAGCCCUUGGGCUAGAUAGUGAGAUUGGAAACUUUGAAGUUGGCAAGGAAUUUGAUGCCCUCUUGAUCAACCCCAAAGCAUCAGACUCUCCCAUUGAUCUGUUCUAUGGGGAUUUUGUUGGUGAUAUUUCCGAGGCCGUUAUCCAGAAGUUCCUCUACCUAGGAGAUGACCGGAAUAUUGAGGAGGUUUAUGUGGGUGGAAAGCAGGUGGUACCAUUCUCCAGCUCAGUGUAAGACCCUUGGGCAUCCAUGAUGUUCUCCUGGGAUGACAUGGUUCUGCAUCUUCCUUGUGCCCAGGUGCUGGUUAGAAAGUGUAUUUUUUAAAAAAAAGUACUGCGUUCUUUGGAUGGCUUCUGUUUCUUUGUCUACUUCCAGUGCUCACUUGGCAAAUUGCGCAAAGGAAGUGCACUGCUUCUCAACUCCGUUGGGAGCAUUCAUAAUUUCAUGACAGUGCCUCCUUCAGGGCUGCUUAAAUUUGUGUUAAGCUCAUGCAGAAGGCAGUGUUAACAGCUGGCGCUAUGCUUCUAAUAUUGAAGUAAAACCUUUCUGUAUAGGGAAAUACGGUGCAAAGAAAUAUCCCUAUGUUAGACAUUCUGAGCUAAGUGAAAAGUAGGAAACACUGGGUGUGCCAUGGAGUAGAUUUUUAUGAGAAGGCACAUGCUAGACUGUGAACAGAUGUUGGAAAAACCAAUGACUGUGCUUGGAAAUUAAAUCCUGAGAAUACUCAUGUAAAAAGAGAACUCACUGGAUUUUAAAAUGUGCUUCUAGGUUGACCUUAUCUAUGGAAAUUCGCACUUCAUGGAAUUUGCAUUUCAGAGAUGUGUUAUUGUUAUAAUUUGCCUUCUUUAGGGAUGAAUGUCAGAACCCGAAUGCCACAUGCUUUUCAAAUAUAGUUCUGUGCUUCAAAGUGUUUGACAGAAGUUGAGUAUUAAAGAUUUAAAGUCUCUUAGGGAUAGUAUUCAUAUAGCCACAUGGCAUAAAUAGUUAUGUUUUUGUGUACUUCAAAGUCACCUUGAUUUCUGGCUGUGUGGUGUUACAAUUGCUUCUAUUUUAUUAGAUGAGAAACAAGACCCAUGUACCGCUGCUGUGUAGACUGGGGUCUGCAUUCCUCAGAGCUGUUAACAGUAACAAGACAAGGUUCUUUGCAAUGCUGAAUCUACUCAACAUAAUGUGUAUAAUGUGUCAAUGUUGCUGUAAAGUUCACCCUCCUAUCAAUGUGCUAGAACUUAAAAGCUAAGUGCAAGUCCUUUAAAGAACUAUGGAUAAGACUCUGUAAGGCCGCUAGAUUGAAAGUACUCUUUUUUUCUAAUUUAUCAAAUUGUCGCUUGAAUUCCUUAAGAUUUUUCUGGCAUUAAAAAUCUUAGGAUAAUGAAAAGGUUGUAGAAAUCCCAUUUAGUGUUUAUAUUAGUAGGACUUACUGUACUAGACAUGAAGGAAUAUUAAACAAAAGAGGGGAUUUUAGCUUUCCUAACUAACAUAAUGUCCCUUCUUAUAACAAUUAAAACCAGAUUAUAACCACAUGGCAGAUUCUUAGGAAGCAGUGAUGUGAGUUCUACUUGAAAUACAACAUUUGUCUUCAUUUAUUCCAUGCCCUAUAAACAAUGAAAAACAGGGAAAAGGUUUUGUUAACAUAUACUUUCAUUUCCAGUGUUUAGGUGAGUUUUCAUAUUAUCUUACAACAGAAAAACCUUAGGCAAUAGAGUUAAUUCUGUGUUUUCAAGUCUGAGAGCACACAGUUCCUCUACUGCCCUGUAAACCUCAGUUUCCCAUGCUAACUUGGCAGUAAUUUCUCCAGAUCUAUUUUCUUGGUAGAAGCACUUUUCGAUUUGGUUGUGUAUACAUUGCAUCUAAAGAUUACAAGGCCAAGUAUACAAAUAUUUGGCCUUACUUAGUUUUAUUUUUAAAAAAGACAGUUUGUUUUGUGGGAUAGAAGUGAAUGCAUCCAACUUUUGGUCUUAGUCUGAAUGUCCAGUGUAUCUAGCACAUCAGCCACAUCAAAAUGAUCUGCUAAAUCCCCUGCUCCAUUUCUCUCUGAGGUUGGCAAGUGUUUUCUGCUGUAACUUUUGACUCUUGCCAAAGGAACUUAGUUACAGGGCAUCCAACCUGAAUGAUGAGGGUUGAGUAGCUUAAGCAUGUGUUGAGUAAGAGCUCUGCCAGCCAGCAGCUGCUUCCAGCCUUCGCAGAUCCCACACUCAUCUUCCUUAAGGGUGUGCAUUUUGAUAUUGAGCAUUGGCUUUUAUUUAAACUUAAGAUUCACACACAGUAAUAUAAAUAAGUGUAAUUCUGGAAGCAGGAAUAACAGUCAUUCAACACCAUCCUGUCAAGCAUCCAGAUUAGUCCUGAUAGUAUGCUAGAAGCUGAGUAACUUCUAAUAAAAACAAUGUGUUGAAGUGUUUACAUGUACCUUGAUCUCCCUGCAUCCCUUAUAACUUAUGUGUUCUAUUUUCCCAAGUGAAGUGUUCCUGAGUGUUAUGUAUGCUGUUUUAGUGCCCCACAUAUGGGGCCAGAUGUCUUGCACUUUGAAAUGUUGCCUCUGCCUAAUGUAGGUUGACUUUCUGAAUUACAGACAGGCACUAUUUCUAGCCUAUCCCAGUUGUCACUUUUUGUUGGAAUGGUUUACUCUCUUUAGAAGAAAGGGAGAAAAAAAGAGAGAGGAAAAAGGAAGGAAGUGAGGGAGGAAAGAAAGAAGUGAAAGGAAGGAAGGAAAGAAGGAAGGAAGGAAGGAAGGAAGGAAGGAAGGAAGGAAGGUAGGUUGAAGAAGUAUCCUUCUCUCCUACUCCAUUCCGCUUAUCUCAUUUCUCUAGAAUUUUUGAUGGACUUCAUUGUAGAAGGUUAAAAAGCAUUAAAAAUUAUCAUGUGUAUUAUAUUUUUAAAAUUUCUUGCAACCAAAACACAAAAGUAGGUUAAUCAAGUUGAAUUUGAUUUGGUGGGGAGCAUUGAAAAUAAGAGAUUAGGACCUGAAAUGUUGUUCUAAUCUUCUCCUGAGUCAAAGAGACUGGACUCCUCUGUUGUGUUAUCUUAGCUGGUUCUUUACUUGCACCGUCAAAGACUUUAGAAUCCAAAAGGAUAUCUACCUUCAUGCCAGGAGGGGCCCUCUCUAAAUUAAUUCUGUGAACACUGAAUCUCUUUUCUUCUUCAGUGAAAAAUUUCCAACUUCAAGGAAAGGAAAUGGUAGGAAACCCCUUCUUCACUGUUUAACUGAUUUUGAAGUGUGCCCUUGAAUAUCCCUGUUGGCAAAUGCUCUGAAAUUUUAUAGAGGAAACAUAAUGGCUGUGAGAUCUAGCAAUGUGUGGUGAUUCUUCACUCCCUACCAGAUUAUUCCUAUUUUUAAGCUUUUUCACUUUAGAAGCAGACAUAUGGAAAGCCUUCAAGGCAUGCUGGAAAGCACAUUGUAUCAGUUCCACCUUAUGUAUACAUAUGUGGAAGAUACCCAGAACUGGAUGCUUCUGGAGCUUGAUGGGCAUCUUUUAAAGUUGUUGCUGCUGCUAGAAUAUUCAAAUAUUUCAAGAGAGUUACCUUAGCUAUUUAUAGAUAGAAUGAGAAGCAUAUCAAGGGCAAUGCUUGAAAUAAUUUUUAAAUCACAGGGACUCUAUAUGACUUUUUUUAAGACCAAAAGGAGAUGUUUGCAAUUUCUAAUCUACUAGCCACUGCAGGUAUGAUGUCGCACAUUACACUUUAUAAUGUCUCCAGAGAAGGUAUGAAAAAUUUUCUAAAGACCUGGGAAGAAGCAGACAGGUGAAAAGUCACUGUGGACAAAAAAAAUUAAAAAACAAACAAAAAACAAAAACAAAAACAAAACUUGGCACUCAUUGACAUUCAUGUCUCCAAGGCUAUCCCAACCUUCCUGCCCAUUUCCAGCACUGAGUGUGAGAGAUGGAGAGUUGAAGGGUUAGUUUGUAGAUCUAGUACAAAUUUAGCGACAUGCAAAAGCCAACCAAUGAUGAAAUGGAAUGUAAAUCUUGAGCAGGCUUUCCCAGGUUACUUGAGUAACUGAUAUCAUUAUUAACCUUUGCUACUUGGCAGUGAUUUAUCUGUCUGCUUCUUACCCCAAAAGCCUAUCAGAAAGCAUUCCUGACAUUAUUGUUAACCUCUUGAUGGCUGUUCUUAAGAAUAUAUACAUAUAUGUGAAUGUAGUCAAGGGGACACCCUUCCCCCUAGUAUUUGUAUGAUUUGCUUAUUGUUACUGUACUGAGUGAACUCCUUUGUGCAUCAGGAAAAAAAUAAAUGAGAUCUUGUGUUUACAUCA